AUGGCGUCCGAUGCUAGCCCUGGUUUUCGGCCGGCUCUUAUUGUGGUGGAUAUGCAGGAGGAUUUCUGCAUUCCAAAUCCCCUUGGUGUCCAGGGUGGCCGUGAGCUGGUGCCUGUGGUCAAUGAAGUCCUUGGUUUUCCUGGCUUCGUGAUUCGAGUCGCGACCCAGGACUUCCACCCCGCCUCCCACAUUUCGUUUGCCACCAACCAUCCGCCGCCGAACAAUAGGCCGUUCGAGUCUUGCAUUCGCAUGAGAAACCCCGUUUCAGGCAGACAGCCGGAAUCUGUAUCCCAGCGGCUAUGGCCGAUUCACUGUGUGCAGAACACCCCUGGUGCCGAACUUCUUCCGGACCUCAAUGUGGGGCUUCUUGACGUCGUGGUGAAGAAGGGCAUGGAUGAGCGCGUGGAAAUGUAUUCCGGGUUCGCCGACGCGUUUGGGAAUAUAGACUGUGUGGCUACUGGUGGUGCCAGCGCGGACCUUACAGUCAUACUUAUGGACAAGGGCGUGACAGAUGUCUUCGUGGUGGGACUUGCGGGAGAUUACUGCGUCAAAUACACGGCUCUGGAUGCUGCGAAAAAUGGAUUCAGAGCCUAUAUGGUAGAAGAAGGCACCAAGUACGUUGAUCCGAGAGAUGGACAGCAGCAGACAAAGGCCCAGUUUGCUACUGAGGGGGUCAUGGUUGUUGGUCUGGAUAGCCCGGAGUUGAUGCGGGUAAAGAUGGCCACGACGUAA